GCGGAUCAGGGGAUUGGGGGAACGGCGCACAGCCCGGAGAGGUCCUCUUGGAACUUCUCGGGAACCCUGAGAAUUCUAGGACCCCAUCAACCCUCCACGCCCCCCCGCCUCGUCUUAGAACCGCUGUAGAACUGCUCGCAACUCCCGCUGGAACUGCUUGGGAUCGUUGAUAUGUCCAGAUCCCCUUGAUCCCCUCUGGAACCCCUUGGGACCCCUUGGAACUCCUCGAUUCUUGUUUGCAACUUGGGACUCGUAGGCUUCCUCCGCAAACCCCGUGUAACUAUUUGGAACUUCUACAGCCGCCUGGAAGCGAUUGAAAUCUCAGGUCUCCCAAGACCCAUUUUGGAAUCUGUUGGAAGUCUUCGGACUUCGAGAACCCCCUCCUCCUGCAAGCUGUAGAUCCCCUCUGGAACUCCUUGGAACUUCUACACCAACCAGAACCGCUUGCAACUUCGGAACUGCGAGAGGCUCUCGGAACUUCUUGGAAUCUUUUGGAACCCCAACAAGUCUACUCCACAUCCACCGGGCUCCCCCCACCCCGCCCCCCCCCCCCCAAUCUCGCCCCUCCCCUCGCCUUGAGGAGCCGUCAACGCGGACGCGCAGAGGCAACAUCCAUCCAGUCAGCACCACCACCACCACCACCACCUCGUCCUCCUCGUCCGCGCCACACCGCGACGCAGCCAUGUCCAAGUCGGCUGACCGCACCUCUACGUUCGACCCCACGCACAGCGACAGCGUCCUGAGCGGUCUCAACCUCCUGUGGCGGCGGCAGAUCAUGUGUGACGUCACGCUGCUGGCCCACGGGCAGGAGUUCCGCUGCCACAAGGCCGUGCUGGCCUCGUGCUCUCAGUAUUUCCGCGCGCUCUUCGAAAACGGCCUCCACCGGCCCUCGGACCCCUUCUCCACGCCGGGUCGCGGUGGAGGUGGAGGAGGUGGUGGUGGUGGUGGCGGCGGCGGUGGCGGUGGUGUCGCCGGACUUAGCAGCAGCGGCAGUGGCAGCGUGAGCGGAGCUUCGUCUCCGCAUGACUGCAAGGAUAAGGUGACGCCACAUGGCUCGCCAUCGUCCGAAGCGGCGGCGUCGGCCAAGUCGGGCCUCAUCGCGAGCGUGGUGCUGCAGGGAUGUCCGUCCGGAGGCUUGGCGCUGGUGCUGGAGUACAUCUACACGGCCAACAUGACGCUGUCGCUCGACACUGUGGAGGAGGUGCUCGUGGCAGGGAAGCAGCUGCACAUGCCCUCGGUCACAAAGCUGUGCGCGCAGUUCCUCAACGGGCAGAUAUCGGUGCAGAACUACAAGCAGGUGAGCCGCAUUGCCGCGGCGCACGACCUGGACGAGACGCGCAAACUCGCGAACCGCUACUUCGUGGAGGACGUCCUGGCGCUGGGCUUCGGCGAGGUGUGCGCAGUGCUCGAUGGGCCCCCGCCGCCCGUCGAGUCGGAGCUGGCGCUCUUCCAGAUGGCCGUCAUGUGGCUCGAGCACGAGCGCGAGAGUCGCAUGCGGAGAGCCCCCGAGCUGAUGCGCCGCCUGCGCUUUGCCCUCAUCCCGGCGCACGACCUCGUCGAGCACGUGCAGAGCGUCGACUUCAUGCGCUCCGAGCCCGCGUGCCAGAAGAUGCUGCUCGACGCCAUGAACUACCACCUGAUGCCCUUCCGGCAGCACUGCAUGCAGAGCGAGGCGAGCAGGAUACGAGGCACUAGGAAGUCUCUGCUUCUGCUGGGGGGGCUCCCCCCGGGACCCGACCGCCUGCCCAGCAACCUCGUGCAGUUCUACGACGACUCGCGCAAGACGUGGAAGAUCCUGACCGGGAUGCCCUACAACAGCGCGCACCACUGCGUGGUGGAGGUGGAGAACUUCCUCUUCGUUCUCGGCGGAGAGGAUCGCUGGAACCCGGAUGGAAAGCACAGCACCAACUUUGUGAGUCGCUACGACCCGCGGUUCAACACGUGGGUGCAACUUCCUCCCAUGCAGGAGAGGCGCGCGUCGUUCUUUGCGUGCCACCUCAACCGCCAGCUGUACGUGAUCGGGGGUCGCAACGAGACGGGCUACCUCUCGUCGGCCGAGGGCUACAGCCUGGAGAAGAACGAGUGGCGCUACGUGGCCGCGCUCCCGCACGCGCUCGCCGCUCACGCCGGGGCCCUGCACGACGGGAAGAUCUUCAUCUCGGGAGGGGUUCACAAUGGCGAGUACGUGAAGUGGCUGCACUGCUACGAGCCCGAGAGGAACGCGUGGGCCAAGCGUGCCGACAUGAGCACCAAGCGCGCCAUCCACGUGCUCGCCGCGCUCGGCAGCCGCCUCUACGCCAUCGGGGGCAACCACCUCAAGGGCUCGAGUCAUCUGGAUGUGCUUCUUGUCGAGUGCUACAGCCCGCAGGCCGACCAGUGGAGUGUUCUAUCCACUGCUAUGCUGGAGGGCCGCAGCGGGCCCGGCUGCUGCACCCUCGAUGGCCUGGUCUACCUCGUGGGCGGAUACAGCUGGAGCAUGGGUGCGUACAAGUCGUCCACGCUUUGCUUCAGCCCGGACACGGACUCGUGGACAGAGCUGGAGGGGGAGAUGGUGGAGCCGCUCGCCGGACCGGCCUGCACCACCAACGUCCUGCCGGCGCACAUGCACUACCGCGCCUGACACCCCCGCCCCCACCACCACCUCGCUGGGGGGCGGUGGUGCGGUGUGUUUCUGCAUCGCCUUGCCGCACGGGGCGGCAGAAGCAGCCGCGCUGUCCGCGUGGCACCACCGUUCGGUGAUGGGGGAGCUGAUUGGUUAGCGAAGGUUUAGAGCGCCGUGCCGUGUAAUGCGGUGAUAAGCCAAGCCACGGUAGACCGCGCCAAAAUACACCACGCCACGGGACACCGCGCCAAAAUACACCACGCCACAGGACACCGCGCCAAAAUACACCACCCCACGGGACACCGCGCCAAAAUACACCACGCCACGGUACACCGCGCCAAAAUACACCAUGCCACGGUACACCGUGCCAAAAUGCAGGGUGUUUAAAAGAGAUGGACCCAAUUUCAAGCAGUAUAUUUCACGAUGGCAACAUGUUACAAUUACACAAAAAAGUAACACACGGUUUAAUGAGUUAUUAAGUUUUAUUAACCAUUUUAUAAAUGCUCUAUGUGCC